ACAUAGAUGUGCAUGUCCUUUGGGGCUGAAAAAUAUUUAACAUUUCAUACUCAAUUACUCAUUGGUAUCUUUAACUUAGACUCGACUUGACUGUAGUGUGGCGAUUAACUCCACUCAACUCAAGGCCGCUCCUUUUCUCUUCCGAGAAGAUGACUAUCGUCGGUGUCCUCGCUUUGCAGGGUUCUUUUAACGAACAUAUUGCAGCGCUGAGAAGGAUUGGGGUUAAGGGCGUGGAGAUAAGGAAGCCAGAACAGCUUCAAAAUGUUGCGUCCCUUAUUAUUCCUGGAGGAGAGAGUACUACCAUGGCUAAGUUGGCUGAGUAUCACAACCUGUUUCCUGCCUUGCGUGAAUUCGUCAAAAUUGGGAAGCCUGUUUGGGGGACAUGUGCAGGGCUUAUCUUCUUGGCAAAUAAAGCUAUAGGGCAGAAAGAAGGAGGACAGGAACUAGUUGGAGGCCUAGACUGCACAGUGCACAGGAAUUUCUUUGGUAGCCAGAUCCAAAGCUUUGAGGCAGAGAUUGAGGCACCAGAGCUUUCCUCUAAGGAAGGUGGUCCUGAAACAUUUCGUGGAGUUUUCAUCCGUGCUCCUGCUAUUCUUGAAGUAGGGUCAGAAGUUCAGGUGCUUGCUGACUAUCCUGUUUCAUCUAUCAAGGAUUCAAAACCUACUAAGGGGUCAGAUUCAAAUUCUGCCGAUGGAGGUCAAGAGGGGAAUACCAGUUCUGAAACAAGAGUGAUUGUAGCUGUAAAACAAGGGAAUUUGCUGGCUACCGCUUUUCAUCCUGAGCUGACAGCAGACACUCGAUGGCAUAGUUACUUUUUGAAGAUGAUGAGUGAAGGGUCAUCGAGUAGCACCGUCUCUGUUGGAACUGAUUCACAUAUUAUCCCACCACGAAUAGACUUUCCUAUAUAUCAGUAGUUGCAGAUCAGUACAGUACUUUUUCCUUUUCAGAUUUGAACUCAUGCUAUUAUAUAUUUUCUAUUCUCAUCAUUGUGAUAGCUGCUCAAGGUUCUCUAAUGAUUCUUUCAAUUUGGUUAGGCAAAAGUCUAAUGUUUAGUUUAUAUUUCAGAUGGUAAUAUAGUUUGAAAGAAGUUUCUCUGUUUUCGUCGUUGUAACUAAAAGUGUAAACAGAUUUGACAAUGCUGUCUUUUGAUUUCUAGUCUGCUCACUUGUAAGUUGUUCAUUUUCAUAGUUUAUAAUAGUUUUGUUUUUUCUCCCCAAAAA